ACCCGUUCCUGUCGCUUUUGCGUUCAGAAUUUUCUGACAUCAGCUCGCUAGUGCUGUGGUGUUGUUGCCCGUUCUUACGACAAAACUCGAGUUACGUGUGGCAUUCCAUUCGACUAUCAAUUAAUACCCCGGGGACAAAUCAAUUAAGCAGUUAAGGUUAAACCACGUUAGGCAGUGCCAACCAUGUUUCUCCGGGUGCAGCUGCUGGCGUUGGCGCUGGCCGUGACGCUGGUGCAAAGUUCGAGCGCCUACUACAGCGGGCCGUUCCUAUUUUGGGGCCUGGACGAUCUGAAGGACCUGCAGAGCCCGGCCCUGGCCGAGGUGGACGACAAGAUGCUGCGGGAUCUGUACUCGAACGCGGCCGCGGUGGUGGUUUUUCUACGCAACGGCACCACCAAACUGUCGGCGGACAGUUUCCCCACGUUCAAGCGGAUCGUGGAGAAGUACGAGUACAUGUACAGCCCGCAGCAAAUGCUGAGCUCCAACCCGCUCGAUUACAACGUGAACGCUGAGGUUAUCAAUCUGGUUGGCUCACCGUCCCAGCAGGAUGUGGAACUGUCCGCACUGUUCCGCGACUCCACCGAGAACUACGGCGAGCGGAAGGUGCUGGGCAUACUGGCCAACCAGUGGGAAGAGCCGCACGUACUGCACAAGCGUGAGGCGAAGGGUGGCGAUGACCUCUACUCGACCAGCACCACGCCCGGCAGCCCGACGGACGAGCCGGAAAUUGCCGACUCCCUGUACAAUGUGCCCGGCAAGGCGAUCCUGUACAUGACCGGGCCGCCUGUGCUGAAGAUGCUGAACGAUUCGGACGAGGGUGAGACGACGCACGUGCUGGACAAGCACACGCUCGCCACGUACGAUGCCCGGGAGCGCGAGAGUAAGAUGAUUGUCACCUUCAAGGUGGACGAUUCGACGAAGCUCACACUCAAGUUCCGCUUCGAUAUGGAUGCCGGGUACUGGUCCAUGUCCAAGGUGGACGUAUUUGUGAUGGACACGAAGAGCAAGGACGGUGCCAAAUCGCUCGAUACGACGCUGGAACUGGAGGGUAAGGCCCCGUACGCACCGCUGGGCGCAUCGUACUCUUGCGCCCGCCAGCUGGUAUUCCGCAAUGGCACCACAAUUCUGACGCUGGAGAACAUUCAGGUUCAGCCGGCCCUGGAAGGGAAAACGAAGUUUGACAGCGCCUGGGACUGCGUUGGGUUCACCACGGCACCGAUCCUGUCCGGCAUCUUCGUCACGUCCUUCAUGCUGAUCGGGCUGACCAUCGCCAUCAUCGCCAUACUGGACAUCAAGACGCCGAACCGGUUCGAGUCACGCACCGGAAAGCAGUUGACAUUCACCGUGCAGGAGUAAGUCACCGGGACGGGCAACGGUCACUUUCUUCCCACCCCCCUUCUAAAGAGUGAAUGUGUGUACAAGUGUUAACCUUUAACAUGAGGUGCAGGCGUGAAGAGAUGAGACCUCGUUCAGGUGAACCGGGACGGCUGGAAGGUAUGUUAGGCCUCAUGGUUUGAUCAUACAAUACUGUGACACCGUUGGAGACAGGUUAGGAAAUCAAACAAACAGGUAGUAAUUGCAAGUGCACAGUUCUCAUCUUCAAGAUAUGCACAGUCGAGCUGGUUCCUCCUCUCGUGUGACUCCAUAUUACUUACUCAUUUUAGUUGAAUUCCCAGGUUCGUUUCCAAGCAAAGUGCACAUCCGUGUGCGUGAUAGUUCGAUUUAAUUUUUGGUUUUGUUAGGUUAGAUAUUACUCAUUGAUAUUACUGAAUAAGGCAACUGGAUCAGGCUCGAACGUUGCCGGACUCGCAUACGGAGUUACGGUCAUAUCUCUAAACACAGACGUUACGAUUACAAUGUUACACCGGCUCCACAAAAGGGCUCGGUGCUGCUUCACACUGAACUGGAAACGCUACACGGAAGAUGCGGGAAAAUGUUAAUGUAAAUGUUUCGGCUAGCUUAAGCGUGCAAUAAAUAACUUCUCACACACCGGUACAACACUCCAAACUA